AUGGAAGGGCCCAAAAUUCAAAAUAAACUAGUAACCCCAGUUGGGGAGGAGCUCAAACAGAAAACAUUGGCCUCCACCGAGAAAAGCGGAGAAGAAAGCGAGAAGAAGAAACAGAAGAUUGGCGUCGAAGAAAGUACUAAGAAAUCGAAUACAAAGUCUCCGAAGAAAGAAAGUAAAAGCAUCAAGAGGAGUAGCAACAGAAGGGCAAGCGAAAGUGAGGUUGUCGUAACCGAUGGUUAUGAGGAACAAAUCCAAACACCCCAAAAGAGCAGCCAUAAAAAAAAGUUCACCAACGGCAACGGAAACGGCGGAAAACCCAAGAAGAGCGAAAAGAAACGAAAAAGAGAAGAAAAAGAUGAGGAAUUUGAAAAUGGGAAAGAAGACUCCAAGUUAUGUAGAUUUCCGAUGAAUCGUAUAAAGCGGGUGGUUAGCGAUGAAAAUCCAGCUUUAAACAUCAAGCAAGAUGCUUUGUUCCUCGUCAAUAAAGCCACGGAGAAAUUCCUUGAGCAGUUUUGUGAAGAGGGUUAUGAAUUUUCUGUCAGGGACUGCAGGAAGUAUCUGGAUUACAAGCAACUAGUGUCAGUUGUCAGCCAAGACAAGAGAUUUGACUUCCUUUUGGAUUUUGUUCCUAAGAAAGUUAGGGCUGAGGAUGCUCUUGCUGAGAGAAAAUUGACUGAAUUAGGGCAAGCAGAGGAGUCGACAGAUUAGCUUGGAUGACAAUGUUGCAGUUGUUUAAGUGAGCAGCUAGAUCUCGUGAGGUUUCCAAAGAUUGAGGCGUGGCAUAUGUGUUCCAAAUAUUUGUGGCACUUCUAAGCCCUCUGAUCCUAUUCUGUUCUAGUGAUGUAUAACGGAUGCACUUUCCUUCAUCUAAAUCUUCUGUUUUUACGUGCCAUCCUUACCAUAACCUGCUAGUCUGCUACAAAUUUCCGGAUUCACUUUAAUGAUAGCAUUGCUGAGGGUAUGUUCUUUUCUUUUGUAUCAUUGCUCUGUACUCUAGGGAGAACUGAAUCGUUGUGGGGUGUUAGGCUUAGUUGUGCUUUCAUUUCGCGGCGUUUGGCCCAUGAAGAGACAUGAUGUGGGGAAGGUUACAGAGAGAGAGAGAGGUUAGCAUCCUCAUCUUGUGAGUUGGAAUUGUUUCAGGUGUGCCAAAUGCUCUUUAUCCACCUGUAAAUCCAGCAAUAUGCUUAGCCCACAAAGGCUUUUAA